AGGGAGAAACUGUUGAGGAUGGUAAAGAAGGAGGUAAAGCAAAUUAUGGAAGAAGCAGUUACUCGUAAAUUUGUUCAUGAAGAUAGCAGUAGCAUCACAUCCUUAUGUGCUGCUGUGGAUGCUUGUCUCUCUCAUGGCUUAAAGCGUAGAGCUUUGGGCCUUUUUAAGACACACUCCACCACUGCCUUGCUCCAAAAACUUUCCAAAAACUAUGAACCAGCUGCUGAAAUUGCUCGCCGGGUCGCAGAGAUAGAAAACAUUGAUCCAAAUAAGCGAUCUGCCUCAAGUAGCGACAGCACUAGUAAGAUUUUACGACCGAAACCGGAGAAACAGCGCCAGAUUUCCAGCCCUUCGUUGAUUCAGUCGCCUGCAAGCCCUCGUUUUCUCUGGAUACGGCUGGCUCUUUUCGAGAAGAAGUUAGCUCGUAUUGUUGAUCACUUGGUACAGAAUAGCAGUAAUUAUUUUGAAAAAGAAGCUUUGGUUGCUGAUCCAGUCUGUGGUCAAAUCCUUGCUUCUCUUCUAGUCGGCCCAUGUGCAUUGGACUAUUCCAAGAUGAAGACUGGUGACCACUUUUGGACUGACCCACCAGCAGAUGAACUAGUUCAGAGGCACAGGCUGUCGACUGGACCUUCGACUCCUCCUCUGCCUAGAAGGCCAGCACUACAGUACAAGCGUGACUCACGUAUCUCUGCUAGCACUGAAGAAGGAUGCAGGGUUAUCCCGAGAGAUUAUGUCGAGUCUUUGCAUCAGAAUUCCAAGUCUACUCUUCUUUACGGCAAAAACAAUGUCCUUGUUCAACCGGGUGAGCUUCAGGAAUUAAUGCCAGGGUAUCUGUCUCUCCAUCAAAAUCCCGAAGGACUCAUCAUUAAGUGGACUCCCAAUCAGCUGAUGAACGGCGCAUGUGAUGACAAUCUUCCCCCUCAGGAUAAGAGCAUAUACUGGGAUUUUGCAAUGACUGUGAACGUAGAAGAUAUUGUAUACUUGCAUUGUCAUCAAAAUGCUGAUAGUGGAGGCACAGUAGUUCUUGUGGGACAGGACGGAGUGCAGCAACCACCUGUUCACUUUCCCCGUGGAGGCCACUUGCUUGCUUUUCUUUCUUGCCUGGAGAAUGGACUUCUGCCCCAUGGACAAAUGGAUCCUCCCCUUUGGUCUCAAAGAGGAAGAGGUAAAGUUUUCCCAAAAUUACGUCGAAGAGGUCGGGGCUCAGUGAAGAGGCAUUCGAAGGAGGAAAGCACUGAAGAGGACUUAGAAGCAGCUGAUUAUGUCUUCCGCAUCAUCACUUCCUUGAAACCAGAUUCCAUAUCCCAGGAAAUGAUGGACCCCCAAACAACUCGAGGUGGUAGUUGGCAAGUGAACUCGCGCGAUUCCAAACGCCUCAAGCACCAUUCUUCCGAUUCAAGUGCUUCAACAUGCAGCUCAAAGUCUUUGCAAGAUGAUAAUGAGGCAUCUGUCCUUGUUCCACCACCGACUGGGCAAUCCAUUCAGAUUCUUUGUGAUAGUAUGAAGAAGCAGAUUAUAUCCCGGGCAUUUUAUGGUUGGCUGGCCCACUGUCGUCACUUACGCACAGUGCGCACUCACUUGUCUGGUUUGGUGAACUCCAUCAUGGUCAGUGAGAAUCAACCCUCUGAUGCUUCCCAAGGGUUGACGCCAAUGGCAUGGGCUGCUUUGUGCAUUGAGGGUAGGCUCCAAGACCCCAUGGAGAUGCAUCGCCUCGUUUAUUUUGGCGGAGUCGACCCAUCCCUUCGCAAAGAAGUUUGGCCUUAUCUUUUGGGUUACUAUCCUCCCGAUAGCAGUGAGAAAGAAAGGCAAGACUUGUGCAUAUCUACUCAAUCUCGCUAUGAGACAACCUUGUCUGAGUGGCUAGCUGUGGAGGCUAUUGUGAGGCAGAGGGAUAAAGAAGUAAUGGCUGCUAAUCUGGCCAAGUUAUCCUCUGAAAGCAACAAUGGCGAAAUACCUCUUGUAGGCCCUCGUGAUGGCAAUUUGAGCAAUGAAGUAUUUGAAGAUUUGAGUAGCAGUAGUGAAGAUUAUUUUGAAAAUCCUGAAGAGGACAUCCCUGAGGAAGAGGAGGAAGAGAAAGAAGAGAGCAAAGAAAUUAGUCAGACGGACCCUUUGACUAAUUCUGAGCCGAUCACAUUAAAUAAUAAUGAAGCAAACUCAGAUGAAAAGCAGGUUGCAAGGGCAAAAAUUCUACGCCAUAUGCAAGCUGUGGAAAUGCAGAGUAUUUUGAUUACCAAUCCGUCAGUUGACAUCACCGUUCAGAGUUCGUCGACAGAACUUCCAGUCGAAGAACAUCCAUCCAAUGGUGCGGAAGUCGAUGGCGAAGAUCCCAUUGCCCCAUCGAGCGCAGUUUCGGGUGAACUUCCAGAGAAUGGGGAGAAUAACCAGGUGCCAACAGAACCACACUCUUCUUGUAUAUCUCCUGCCUCAUCUGGGGGUGGUGUGUACUCAGGUGAACUUCUAGACUUGUUCAGUUUGAACUUGCAUCGCAUUGAUAAAGAUGUGCAACGCUGCGAUCGUAACUUUUGGUACUUUACGACAGAAAACUUGGAGAAGCUACGCAAUGUUAUGUGCACUUAUGUUUGGGAACAUCUUGAGGUUGGUUACGUUCAAGGAAUGUGUGACCUAGUGGCCCCUCUCCUUGUCAUAUUUGAUGACGAAGUGAUGUCUUAUAGCUGUUUCUGUGAAUUAAUGAAAAGAAUGGUAUCUAAUUUCCCUCAUGGUGGUGCCAUGGAUGCACACUUUGCAAACAUGAGGUCACUUAUACAGAUUUUAGAUGGGGAAAUGUUUGAUUUAAUGCACCAGAAUGGAGACUACACGCAUUUUUAUUUCUGUUAUAGGUGGUUUUUAUUAGAUUUUAAACGUGAGCUGCUGUAUGAUGAUGUUUUCAGUGUUUGGGAAACAAUUUGGUCUGCAAAACACAUGGCUUCCAGACAUUUCGUGCUUUUCCUCGCCCUUGCAAUGGUUGAAUACUAUCGGGAUAUCAUCCUGCAAAAUAACAUGGACUUUACUGACAUCAUUAAAUUUUUUAAUGAAAUGGCAGAACGUCAUGAUGCCAAAGCUGUCCUCAGAAUUGCCAGAGAUUUGGUACGACAAAUACAGACUCUCAUUGAGAAUAAAUAG